AACAAGGGAGAUCUGGCAGUCAGCUGGGGAGUUCGAGACACGACAACACGUUGUAGACACUGCCUUUGUUCUCGAUUACAUAUUCGCGUUCAGUUUCCGUAAUCAACAAAAUGACGAAGACUAAGCGCCUGAAGCCUCUGACAGUGCUGAAGAGCGUCGGUCCUAAACUGGUCCCGUUCUUCAAGACAGUUGCCAUCUUCUUCGUGCUUUUCGGCCAGGAGGAACGCUCCUCUAUCUUCUUCUGCAUCGUGAAAUGCCUGCCAGUCGUCUCCCUUAUCGCGUUUGUCCUGCUGCACGGCAUGAGCCUAGACGAGUGUUAUCGCUACUCGCGCCGGAUCCUGGUGGGCCUCGUCUUUUCCGCCAUCGGUGACGCGUUCCUGGUCUGGAAACACUCCUUCAUGAAUUUCGAGAUGGGCCUCCUCAGCUUUGCCAUCGCCCAGACCAUGUACGCGCGGGCGUUCGGCUGGCGUCCCCUCAAGCCCUACGCCGGUACCGUCUUCCUCUUCGUGGGCCUGUCCGUCUACUCCUACCUGCAGAUGUACCUGACAGGGAUCAUGAGCUACCUGGCGCCGUUUUACCUGACCCUUAUCUGCACGAUGGCGUGGCGGGCAGUGGCUCGUGUCCAGUUCUACGAUGACCUCUGGACGUGGACCAAGCUCUGUGGCUGCAUCGGCGCCGUCUGCUUCAUGGUGUCCGACCUGGUGAUCGCCAUCAACAUGUUUGCCUUCUCCGUGCCCUUCUCCCACCAGAUCAUCAUGCUCACCUACUACGCCGCCCAGUUCGGCAUCUCGCUGUCAGUUGUGGACAGUCAGGCUGAUGAGCUGAUCCGCGUCCAGAGCAACGAGCCCUUCCGGAGUAAGCAGAAGGCUGGAUAAGGACUUAGUUGUAGCCGCGGUUACACUAUUGCACUUGAUGGUGAGGGUCAAGCAAAGACUGUGUGACUUGUCAGAUGGAAUUCUCUCUCUGCUGUUUUGUGUCAUCUCUUGACUGGGAAUAAGUAUUGAUAGAAUAAUAAUGAUAGUCUGUUUCGAAAAUGAUACCACCCAUGCUACAAUCAAUCCGCAUGACUGACUAAACAGCUUAAAUUGAUUUUUUUUUUAACGUUAGCCAUGUUCUAAUCUCACUUGCAUAAAUUUAAAUAAUUUCGUACGUGGUCCUACGUCGUCAGUUUCUGAUGCAGCAGUUACCAUGGAGGAAAUUUGAGUAAUCUUAUCAGCUUUUUAAUACAUUGGGUUUUUUUUAUAUAAGCCUAAUUUUGGCUAAAUUAUUUGUUCAAAGUUUUCAUGAAAGAAAUUUUGUGUAGCCUAAAAGUUAAUCAUUUUUUAAGGCGACAGAUACUGCGUUUGACACUGAUGACAAUAUAAAAAUGAUAGUGAGAACACACCGGCUGAUUAUUAGGGUUUUUUAUAAACUACGUUUUUGUUUUUGGGGGGAGCCAAGUACCCUGUUGAGAUGUUUGGUUGCACAAAAUAGCAGGGUUGCUCAGUCUUACCCCUCAUGGUCUUUGAUAAAAGGCGAUCACAGUGAUACACGCGGCAGGUUGAUGCUACACUCAGCAAAGGAAAAGUCAUGAUUUGGAUCUGGAUCCAAUUCCUAUCUUGUUUCGUGUUGAGAAUUGUGUGAAGAUGUGUUAUCCGAAGUUCUAGCUGCUCACAAGAGACGUUUGUCACUGGACUGGUUAGUUUCGACUGUCAGACUUUUCUGGUAUUAAUCAGACUGUACUGUAAAGAUACUCAGAUAACCUUCUAAAGGUGUGUGGUCAUCACACAUCUUUUUUUUCAUACAGGUAGUUUCUGUAACAUGAAAUGUGUGCUAUUGUUUGUGCUCUGUGUACAAUUUGUAUACUUAGCAAAAAAGUAUCUCCUUGCAGAAUGUUUAUUUUGUGUAAAAGUGUUCCAGAACAAACGAAAUCAAAAGUUGAAAGCAUUAUUCUGUGUUGGUAAACAUUUGUCUUGCCAAGAUUGGUUUUCUUUUGUGUGUGUGUGUGUUGUUGUUUUUUUAAUGAAUAUAUAUCUUUGGUUGAUGCAUUAGCUUUAGAAUUGGUGCUUUUAUUAUAGGUGUUGUGGUUGGAUUUACUUUGGUACUGAGCACACAGCCGUAUUUGCUUCAUGGAGUUUUGUGUUCACAGAAUAAUACCGUGCUCGAGGCCACUUUAAAAUGUAUCUUGAAUUAUGUCUUUACUUUACCUGCUGCAUUUAUUUUUUCAAAACCAGCAUUCACAUGUACAGUGCAACUAAUACGUAAUGGGAUGCUAACAGUCAGAACUUAGGAGAGUAAACUGGUUUUUAUCAAUGUAAAUGUCAUAUGAGAAUGCAACAGUCUGUGAUUCGUGACUGCAAAAAAAAAAUAUAUCUUUGAAUCUUGAGUUACGCGGAUAGCUGCAUUUAUGCAGAUUGAAAAGAUUUUGCGAAGGGUGUAGAAACAUACAAAAAAAGGUUAUCCCCAGUUAACAUAUUAAUGAUGAUUAAUUACUUGUGUACAAUUUUGUGUAGCACUGUUCUAUCUUUGGGUUCAUACCUUUUUUGAGGUAACAAAUUUGAUAUGCUCCUUUUAGUGCAGAUAAAAGUACGUUUGUGGCUCUGAUUAGAUGUAAUAAAAAAUGUGAAGAGAAAAGACAUGGACAGUAUGAUUAUAUUAUAUAGCAGUGAUAUUCAUGAAUGGGAAGUAAUCCUUCAGCCGUGGUAUUUGAAAUCAUGUAUGGCGUGUCAAAUGUACAUUGUUACCAGAAUACAUGCAUUGAAAGUUUUUGUUAUAUAGGAGUGUUUAUAUACAUAUAUAUAUAUAUAUAUAUGAUGAUGCCAAUCGUAGAAUACCUUUUGUUUCAACAUUCUUUUGCUUGGAGAAAAAUCUUAAUUGCAGAUAAUUAUGUGUGUGUGUGUGAAAGAUUAUGUUUAUUAAAAAACUGUCUGCACUGUCGAUUUGAAAGUCUGUAGAUGUGAAUCUAGUGGCAUUUUGUGUUUUUGGCAGUUUAUUAUCAGUAUUAGAUGCUUUGGAAAUAUUGUAUCGGUUUUAUUCUAAUCUGUGAAUGAACAGUGCAGUCCCAUUGUUUACUGUCAUGUCAUGCGUAAACAUUGUUUUCCCUAGGAACUGGCUGUCUAGUCCUUUGUAUUGUAAUUUCACAGGGUUGGGUAAGUCUCAACAUAGAACCUUUUUGUAUAUAGUUUUUGACAGUUAUACUGAGAUUAAAGUCAUGUUUUUCAAUUGGUUGCUUUUUUAGAAACCGCUUUCAUGAUAAUGCAUCUGCUGUCCUGAGAUUAAAAACCAUAUAGAUUAUAUUUUUAAGUUCAUUGCUUUUUCGAGGUUAACAUUAAUUCUUUCCUGAGAAUGCUACAAAUUUACUCAGUAGUUUGGUAGUUAUUGUUGUCUAGAUGUGGGAGAAAGAUUUAAUAUAUAUGUGAAGUAGAGUGACUCCAAAUAUUUAUUUUUUAUUUCAAAUUUCUUGAAAGUCAGCUUUGUCCAAUUCAGUGAUGGGACAAUUGCUCCAGUAUGCCUUUGCAUUAUGCUUAGUUUGUGCUAGCUCUAUUUAUAUGAAAAUAUUGUGAAUUUAUUUUUCUUUUGUUAAAAGAAAAGUUCUGUUAGAGCUUGGUUAGUAUUGUGCACUUUUGUUUUAAAUAAUCUUAUCAGCUCUCAUCAUAGCACUGGUUGCAUCAGAUUAUAGAUACUAUUUGACCAGGGAGUUGCAUGUUGUGUUACAUGUGAAUGUUCUGGAGUGUUUUAAUUUUUUUUACCUCUGCUUCACUUAAACCUUUACCUCAGGGGAUGAUGAAGGAAAGUCAUGCAGUAGAAAGUACUUUCAAUACCGUUGUGGACACUUGUACACAUAUUAAGAAAGAUGGUGUCUUCUGCCAUGCUCCCCGUCAUUUAUAAUCGUAGUUUUGCCGGAGAAAGGGUUCGGACAAAUUGGGCAUUCAUAAACAAUUUUAAACCAUAAAUGACGUUUUAUGUAGCUAAUGUAAUAUUUGGUCUUCAAAUCAGAAGCGUAUCAUUUAUGGUUUCUUUCAUUUUGUCGUACUUUUAUUUUUCUUUGCAAUGUGGGAGCAAUAAUGCUUUCAUUUUUUUGUAGAAUUGUCUGUUUUGUUAUAUUUGAAGGUGUACAAUUAAUGCUUUUUUUGUGUGCGUUUGUUCAGAAUGCUCACACAACUGAAAAUGUUUACAAUUAUCACGCAAGAAUCAAUGCAGCCUGCUGAAGAAUCACAUACUGUGGAGACAGCAAUCUUUUUCUUUCUUUUCUUAUUUUCACUUGACUUUUGCUUUUGUUUUGUCAGCACAUUCUUCUUAUCAUCGCUGGACACAUUUUCAUUUUUUUUAAUGUGAAAGAUAUACUCAAUUCAUUUUUUCGAUUUGUUCUUGGUUCCUUAUUCAUUUUUUUUUUUAAUGCUCAUUAUUAAGUGUUGUUAGGAUGAGACCAUGGCUUUCACUUAAUGUAUUUGGUUUUUCUCAUUUCUUGAAAAAUCAUGGAGAACGAAGAGCCUAAUCCUAAUUCAGGAUUCUUCUCUUUGUCUUAACAUGUGGCGGGAGAAUGUUUAUCUCAAGAAACUAAGCUGUGGCUGAGUUUAAUAUUAUAAUUUCUUCUAAAAGUAAAGUGUGUAAGUGGAUACUAGUCAUUGUUUUUCUUUCUUAAGUUAACAUUAUCGUUCUCAAGUUAAAACUAUAGUAUGAUGGGUUUUUUAUGUUCUCAUAUAUAUUCUGUUCCUGAGCUCCCUGGCAUUUUCUUCAAUAACUCUCUUCUCAGACUCUUUAAUCUCAACAUUAUGUGCACUCACAAUUGCCAUUCUUCCAUUCUUUGGCUCAGAUCGUGAAGGUACACAUAGAUUUCUGCUCUUCACCAGUGGAUAGAAAUUUCUCUUAAGGCCUGCUCCCGUCAUGUAUGUGCGGCUGUUUUUGUUCCACUUUUUUUCUGUAUAUGUGUUAGAUUUUUUUUUCGGACUCAAUUUACGCUGUUUGUUUGUUUUUUUUCUUUACUCUAUAAAACAAAAUGUUAUUGGGAUCCGCUGUUUUGAUUCCUUGGAAAUGCAUUUUGCAUCAAUUAAAUUGUAGCAUUAUUAUGCCAAAAAAGAGUUUGAUUCUAUAAUAAUUCUAUUCGGAAUGAAUGUUACAAGUGUCACUUUUGUGCUUGUAACUUCUUAUAAGAUAUAGUUCCUCCCUUAUAAAACCGAGGUCUGCUCUUGAUGAAUGUCUGAUACGGGUAUAUCUAGUGCUGUGUAUAACAAUAGGUAGUAGGAGAGUGUGUAUGAAGACACAUUUUUCUUAUGACCUUUUCUUUGUUGGAAAGUUAUAUCUAUUUUUUGUUUACUCUCCUCUUACCGCUGGUGUUUUUUUUCUUUUUUUUUUUUGUGUGUGUGUUUGUUGUUUUUUUUAAUUAUUGAUUUUUUAAAAAGCAAAAGACAGCAUCUUGAACCAUUUUAGACAUUACCAUAAAUCUGAGUCUGUUGGGUUCUCAUAGUGUAUUAUGAUGAUAAAAAUGUAAUGUAAAUACUGUACGGUACUUUGUGCACGGAUUUUUACUGUUAUUGCCUUCCAUUACAUCAUCUGUGUUUUACCGGAUCAUCUUUCAUCACCUUUAACCUUUUUAUCUGGACAUUGUUGGUCUCACCCUCAUAUAUUGUUCUUCACGUGCAUUGUACAUGGACUACCAGUCUGGGGCAUUUCUUCAAUAAACAUUUUGAAGUGUA